UUGGGCGACGGAGACUGAAGCGACGCUGCCGUCGCACUGAGAAACACUACACGGAAGCAGGAUUAUUGUUGAGUGAGCAGGAGUGUGAACGAGUUCAAAAAGAACCUCAUCGCAAAGAGACAGACAGUGGCAAUGAUAGUGCGGUUCUUGUCUGCAAUCCAAACUGCAUAAACGUAUUUGAAAAGCUGGAAAAAGAAAAUUACAAGAGUAAUCUGCCAUUUACUUCAGCAUUUAGAUGGAUGUGAAAGAGGAGAUGUGUGAGGCUGACAUGAAUAUAAUGGAGCAAAGGACCAUAAACAUUAAGGAGGAGGAUUGUGAAUGGGAGACUGUCCACUCUAAACAGGAAAGCAUGGGCAUUAAGGAAGAGGACGGUGAAGUGAAGUCAGUGAGUAUUAAAGAGGAGGUGGAAGAGAAGUGUGUCAGUACUGAGAUGCACAACUUUAGAAGUUUGGAAAGUGUCAAGGAAGAUGACACUUAUUAUGGAGCAGUGACCGGCUUAGCCUCUUCUCAAAGCAGACCCUCUUCAUCUCCAGAGUCUUCUGUUAAUGUAAAAUUUGAAUUAUUACAGUCUGACACAAAGAGCACUGAAGACAUUUUAUCACCCAGAACUCAAGAAGAUCAGCCACCACCUACAGCAUCAACUAAAACAAGAAUCAAACUUCACUGCUGUUCUGAAUGUGGCAAACAAUUUUCUGGCAUGAGUAAACUCCAGCGCCACCAAAGAAUUCACACAGGGGAGAAGCAGUUUGACUGUAAUAAAUGUGGAAAACAUUUUGCAAAAAGAUGCAAUCUUCAGAGCCACCAAAGAGUUCAUACAGGAGAGAAGCCGUAUUGCUGUACUGUAUGUGGAAAACAAUUCUCUCACAGAAGUACUCUUCAGAAACAUAUUAAAACUCACACAGGGGAGAAGCCGCAUUGCUGUUCUGAAUGUGGUAAAAAAUUUUCACGGAGAAGCCAUCUUCAGAACCACCAAAGACUUCACACAGGUGAGAAGCCAUUUUGCUGCACUGUAUGUGGAAGGGCAUUCUCUCAUGGUAGUACUCUUCAGACACAUAUUAAAAUUCACACAAGAGAGAAGCUGUAUUGUUGUGCUGAAUGUGGCAAAAAUUUUUCACGGAGAAGCAAACUUCAGAGACACAUAAGAAUUCACACAGGGGAGAAGCCAUAUUACUGUACUGAAUGUGGUAAACAGUUCCAACACAGUAAUAGUCUUCUGAGGCACAUUAAAGCUCACUCAGGAGAAAAGCCAUAUUGCUGUUCUGAAUGUGGCAAGCGGUUUUCACGAAAAAACAGCAUUUAUUCUCACAAAAGAAUUCACACAGGAGAGAAGCCGUAUUGCUGUUCUGAAUGUGGUAAACAGUUUUCACGUAGAGACAAUCUUGAGCGCCAUAAAAGAAUUCACACAAGAGAGGGUGGCUUUGCUUGUGUGGAAUGUGGCAAAGAAUUCUCUAACAGGAGCCAUCUUCAGAGACACACUACAGUUCACACUGGAGAGAAGCCGUAUUGCUGUAAAGAAUGUGGGAAACAGUUUUCACAAAUGGGCAACCUUCAGAAACACACUCGAAUUCACACUCAAGAGAAGCCGUAUUGCUGUAAUGAAUGUGGUAAGCAGUUUUCACAAAUGAGCGAUCUUCAGAAACACACUCGAAUUCACACUCAAGAGAAGCCGUAUUGCUGUAAUGAAUGUGGUAAACAGUUUUCACAAAUGAGCGAUCUUCAGAGACACACUAGAAUUCACACUGGAGAGAAGCCAUAUUGCUGUAAUGAAUGUGGGAAACAGUUUUCACAUAUAAGCGCUCUUCAGAGACACGCUAGAGUUCACACCGGAGAGAAGCCGUAUUGCUGUAAUGAAUGUGGUAAACAGUUUUCAGAGAUGGGCAGUCUUCAGAGACACACUAGAGUUCACACUGGAGAGAAGCCGUAUUGCUGUAAUGAAUGUGGUAAACAGUUUUCACAAAUGAGCGAUCUUCAGAGACACACUAGAGUUCACACCAGAAUGAAAACAGUAGCAGUUCAAUAAUCAAUCCAGAAAAACAAUCCCCCUUCAAUACUCAAUAAUGAGGUUCAGUCCUGUACUGAAAUGUAAGCAAACUAAACUAUUGUUGAGAAAUUAAUCUCUGAGAGAAGCCAUAUUGCUGUUUGGAAUGUGCCAAACAAAUCUGUCUUUGGGGUUCUCUGCAGAGACGCACCAGGAUUCACACCGGAGGGAAGCACAACUGGACUGUCCUGACUGAAGAGUGCGGUUCACUCCUGGCUGAACAUUAAGCACAUGUAACUGACUGGAAUCAAUCCUACUAAGUGUUGCGUCAAAAACAAAUCAACAUAGAGGAGAAAUAGAAGUUUAUAUCCGUUUUCUUUUUCCAGAAACAAAAUAAAGAACAGGGUGUCAUACAAACUGCUUCUCACCAAAGCCCCUACAGCCUCCACCAUGCGUCUGGCUCCGCUUUCAUAACAUACGUAUUACAUAUAGAACUAUUUAAAAUAUACAUAUUACAUCAGAAGAGAACUCUUUACAAUAUACAUAACCUCACAUAAUAAAUCAUAGUUCAGCUUUAUAAUAUUACUAGCAGAA